ACGCUGCUCUGACGUUUACCUUCGCUGCAUACAUACAGGAAUAUUUUUUCACGCUUAUUAUUAACGCAAAUUUGCGACUCUACAGCGCUGCACGACAUGCGAUUUACAAAGAUAACAUUUAUUUCGCAAGCAAAUUAACACCGUCAUGACCAGCUUUUCUCAAAAUAUUCAAGUAAUCAGGGAUGGGGAGUACACCAAGACCAUAUACACUAUGAUCAAGGAGCAGAAAUAUGCAGAAACCAUUCAGAUUCUUGUCACUCUCAUGGUGACAUAUCCUGAGUCCAGACCCUGCCUAUCUCUGCUGGCCCACUGCUACUUUUAUACGCAAGACUUUGCUGGCGCGGCAGGCUGCUAUGAAAAACUGGUUCAGAUCUGCCCGGACGAAGAUUUGUACAAGCUCUACUACGCUCAGUCCCUCCAUCAGGCAUGCUUGUACCAGGAGGCUUGGAGCGUCUGUUCGACGAUAGUUGAUAAGCCGCAGCUGGAGUCAAAGGUCACCAAACUACAAGCAGCGAUUAAGUACGGGCAGGAAGACAUCGCCGGAGCUCGAGCCUACGUCGAUCAGUGCUCUGUUGAAGACGUCGACACUGAUAUCAACCUGGGAUGCCUGCUCUAUAAGGAGGAGCAGUACGAACAAGCGUUAAAGAAGUUCUCCGUAGCAUUACAAAUCGUCGGAUUCAAGCCCCACUUGUCCUACAAUGUGGCUCUUUGCUAUUACAGACUCAAGGAAUAUGCCGCAUCUCUAAAACACAUCGCUGACAUUAUCGAGCAGGGGAUCAAAGAACACCCGGAAUUAAGUGUCGGCAUGACUACGGAAGGUAUCGAGGUCAGGAGCGUGGGCAACACCCUCACUUUGCAUGAAACUGCGCUAACCGAGGCGUUCAAUCUCAAAGCAGCCAUUGAAUAUCAGCUACAAAAUUAUGAGGCAGCCAGAGAGGCGCUGACGGAUAUGCCACCGCGUUCUGAGGAGGAAUUGGAUGCAGUAACGUUACACAAUCAGGCAUUGAUCAACAUGGAAUCAAGGCCCAGUGAGGGCUUUGAAAAGCUACAGUUUUUGCUACAGCAAAAUCCAUUCCCGCCAGAAACUUUUGCCAAUUUACUUCUGCUCUACUGCAGAUAUCAGUACUACGAUCUGGCAGCUGAUGUUCUAGCCGAAAACGUUCACUUAACUUACAAAUAUUUAACGCCAUACUUGUACGACUUCUUGGAUGCAUUGAUAACGCAACAAACAUCGCCAGAGGAGGCAUACAGGAAGUUUGAUGACCUGGCGAACAAGCACACGGAGACCCUGCGGAAAGCAACAAAGCAAGUUCAGGAGGCAAGACUGAACCAUGACGAUAAUGCUGUGAAGCGAGCGGUGAAUGACUACGAGGAAGCCCUGGAACGGUACGUUCCGGUUCUGAUGGCGCAGGCAAAGAUAUACUGGGAAUUGGAGAACUACCCCCAAGUCGAGAAGAUAUUUAGAAAGAGCGUAGAGUUCUGCAACGAGCACGACGUAUGGAAACUGAACGUUGCUCACACACUCUUUAUGCAGGAAAAUAAAUUCAAAGAGGCAACAGGGUUCUAUGAGCCCAUCGUCAAAAAGAAAUACGACAACAUUCUAGAUAUCAGCGCGAUAGUUCUGGCCAACCUUUGCGUCAGCUACAUUAUGACGUCGCAGAAUGCAGAGGCUGAGGAACUAAUGAAGAAGAUAGAAAAGGAGGAGGAAACUGUCUCGUUUGAGGAUCAGGAAAAGAAACUGUUUCAUCUUUGCAUCGUGAAUUUGGUCAUAGGAACCUUGUACUGUGCCAAAGGAAACUACGAGUUUGGUAUAUCCAGAGUAAUGAAAAGUCUGGAGCCUUACAGCAAGAAGCUAGGAACUGAUACCUGGUUCUAUGCAAAAAGAUGCUUCCUUUCCUUGCUGGAACAGUUGGCUAAGCAGCUCGUUGUUCUCAAGGAUCCAACGCUCCAAGAAUGCGUGCAGUUCUUGGAGCAUUGCGAAGUUUACGGGAGGGACGUUAGAACAGUGAUAGAACAGCCGCUGGAUAUUCAAGAAAUUCCAACAGUGCCUUUGGGCAAACAGACGGUCACCUACGAGGCGAGAUAUCUGAAGGCGUUAUUCCUCAAAUUGCAAAUGGGCUGAAUGGUCCUGUCGCAGUUAGAUGAUUAUAUGUAGUCGUUACUUUAAGUAUAUACCUUUAGCAUUGUCUGUGUCAUGAUAGUAACGAUAAUAAGCUGGGAAUAUAACGUAAUAAUUGUUUUUUUCUUUCAUAUUCCGAAUACCUAUACAUAUAUUGCAGUUGUGAAAUAGAUAUCAAAUUUAUCUAGCUCGUAAUUUUAGAUUUUAAUGAAUAAUUGUCGAGCUAAAAAUCAAGCAAAUAAAC